AAUAUUAUAUAUAUAUAUAUACACAUGAAUAUCAACCGAGAGGUCCUCGGUCGACUUCACCCGAUUCGCACGUGGUAUGUUAUUACACUGCAUUGAGUAAAGACAUAAAGAUUAUUGUUGACAAUUGUUGUAAUCUGUUGUAAUUCUUCCACAAAACAAGAAAACAAAAUGUCUACCAAGAGGAAAGCCGAUGCAGUGGAUGAUAGUGAAAGCAGCGAGGACUCAGAUUCUGAAACUAGAAAGAAACUUAGUAAGCAAGAAGCGAAAAAGAAGUCCAAAGACAAAAAGAAAAACAAGGAUGAAAAAAAUAAAGCUAAGGAUGAAAAAAACAAAGACAAGGAUGGCGAUAACAUUUUCUCGAUUGGUAGUAAAAAGAAUGUCAAUGUGAGAGUGUUCAAGGGAAAAGUUCUUGUUGAUAUACGAGAGUAUUAUGAAGAUGAUGAAGGAAAUACAAAACCAGGGAAAAAAGGAAUAGCACUCCAGUUGGAUCAGUGGGAGGCAUUGAAAGGUCACAUCGAGAAUGUAGAUAAGGCAAUAGAAGAGUUGAAAUAAUUAAAAUUCAGUUUCUAUUGUGACAAAAGAUGUUGAGUCUGCAAUUAACUAGAGCUGGAUUGAUCGAGCAUCAACUUAUUAACUAUGGAUAAAUAUAAUGGUUCUAGACCAUAGAUUGUUUGGAAAUGAUCCAGCAAUGUGUUUUGUUUUGAACACUUCAGUUGAUAUCUCUAUGAAGUCAAUAAAAUUUCUAUUAUUGAGCACCAAAGCUUA